AAGACAUGUUUUCAAAUAAUUUAACGGAAAAGUUAAAAGUUUCGUAUCUUAAUCUGUUCCAGCUUUUAUUUUUAUUAUUAUAUUCAAAAUGAUUGAUCAUUAUAAUUCAUGUUUAGCCAAUUUUGAGCAACUGUUAAACCAUGUUAGCGAGGAAAUCCCGACGGUCAACCAUGAUAAAAUGAGAAUAAACAAAGCCACUGUGCAACAUGAUAUUGAACAAAAUUUACGAGAACUUGCUAAAACCUUCAAAAAAGUCAAAACAGAUUUUGAAAAAGCUGAAAAAGAAUUGAAUUUGAAACAACAAAGUGUGAACAUAAUAAAAAAAUCUGAUGAACAACUUGAACACCGCCUGGCUCAGAGAAUCGAAGCUUUUGAGAAAAAAGUUGCACGGGAAAAAGAGAAGAAAGAAUUGAUUUCUUCGGUAUUCACAUUCACCGAGGAUGUUGGAUUUCAUUUUAAUGUCUGUCAGUCAGAAAACGAAACAACCGACGAAGAGCCAUCCAAAUUCAAGAUUGGAUUCUCACAUAUUGAUCCUGAUGAUGCAGAAAAAAUCUUCUCCGUAACAAUUGACAUAAAGCUUGGAACGAUCAAAGUUCUAGAAGUUGAUACUGCAGAGGAGGAAUUCAAAGAACUUGAAAAAUGGUUCAAUGAAAAGUUCGCCGUUAUUAAUCUUCCAAUUUUCGUAAACAGAGCUCGCAAAAUUUUCUUGAAAAUAUGUAAAGGAAAAAAUGCUAAUAAUCAAUAAAGACACGAUUGUUUUUAAAUAGUAUGAAUACAAAAUUUUCAUUUAUUUUUAUUCUGUUCUCUCUUCUUAGUUUUUGUUCGUCCAGAAGAAUUUAACUGAAUCGUCUUUGGAAGUCUGAAUGAGUUUGUUUCAUAUAACUGUUGUCCUAAAUUUGAUAUUUUUCUCGUUUCCGCUUUGACAUCAACCCAUGGAAUUGUUAAAUCAAUGUGUUUGAAAAAACUUCUU